GUUACCGGUCUGCCCGCCCGGUCCUCCACUCUUCGUUGUUCCUCGUCUCUCUGUAACGGUCUCUAACCCUAAUUUUUUUCUUCUUGCUUCCGCUGAAUCAUGGAAUGAUAUUAACUUAAAACUUCUUAGCUCCUCUGUAUCCGACACACGACGGACUCGGAGUGCUCAUUUCCCUUCUGCUCCUGGGAAGCGCUCGAUGGAUUUCUGCUAAGCCCCAGAAAGUUUUGAAGAAGAUGAAAUCCCUCAGAGUUCUCAGAGUCUUGGCGUCGCUCGCUAGGCGACCUUCCAAUUCCCCGCUACAAAAUCCUACUCGCCACGCUCGCUACUUCACAGCUCACCCGCAACACCAACACAGUAGUGACAACGAGGCCUUCGAUAGCAGUCACUACGUGAUUCCCGCCACUAAUUCCGACGCUUCUGUUUCUUCUUCUAAAACCCUUCAAGAACCCACAUGGAAUGUGAAGUACAGAGAGAGAGCCGAUAAAUUCAUAUUUGGGGAGGAAACACAGAAAAGUAAGCUGAAGACGGCCCUUCACGAGGAAGAGGACGAUUUGAAGAGGAGAGUGCUGGCCAGAGCCUUACUCGAGGCUGCACUCAAGGGAGACGAUGAAGAGGAGGAAUUGGUAAGGGAAGAAGACCAGAAGUCUCUUUCCGUUGGGAUUAUUGGUGCUCCGAAUGCUGGGAAAUCUUCCUUAACAAAUUACAUGGUGGGAACAAAGGUUUCUGCUGUAUCGCGAAAAACGAAUACCACUAUUCACGAAGUGCUGGGGGUAAUGACGGAGGGAGAUACCCAGAUCUGUUUCUUCGACACCCCUGGUCUCAUGCUAAACAGUCGUGGGUAUGCUUACAAAGAUGUGAAGACGCGGGUGCAAAAUGCUUGGAGCACAAUUGGCUUGUAUGAUGUCCUAAUGGUUAUUUUUGACGUUCACAGGCACCUAACGAGGCCUGAUUCGAGGGUGAUAAGGCUGAUAAAAAAAUUGGGAGAACAGGAAGAUGCAAAGCAGAAAAGGGUAUUAUGCAUGAAUAAGGUUGAUCUAGUUGAAAAGAAGAAAGAGUUGGUGCAAGUCAUAGAGCAAUUUAAAGAUCUACCUGGCUACAACAGGCAAUUCCUCAUAUCAGGGCUAAAAGGCGUCGGAGUAAAGGAUGUUACGCAAUAUUUAAUGACACAGGCAUUUAAAAGACCCUGGGAUGAAGAUCCCCUUGAGUUAGGCGAAGAAGUGAUGAAGAAUGUAUCAUUAGAAGUUGUUCGAGAAAGAUUAUUAGACCAUGUUCAUCAGGAAAUCCCAUAUAGCAUCGACCAUCGGUUGAUGGACUGGAAGGAACUGAGGGACGGGUCACUCAGGAUAGAGCAGCACUUUAUCACAAACAAAUUAAGCCAGCGGAAGAUUCUCGUUGGCAAGGGGGGUUGCAAAAUAGGGAGAAUAGGUAUAGAAGCUAAUGAAGAGCUGAAGUCAAUAUUCAAGAGGGAAGUGCACCUUAUCCUUAAGGUCAGGCUGAAAACUUGAUGAAGAAAAUCGCUGCCAUUUACCUGGAUCUCCAUGUUUGCCAACAGGGUUGUUCUUGUACAUACCAGAAAGUGCAGCGGGCAGCAGCAAUGCAUCUGCCACCACAAAACCUCGUCAGCUCCCUUGCUUUGCCUGAAUCUGAAUGAACGAAACAAGACCUGUUUGAAGAGAAGCUGGAGGCCGUAUGUGAGUGGGCAAUUGAAGAGCAAGCAGCAAUCUGGUUCGGAUGUUCAGAGAAGCCAUUGUAUUUUAGCCCGAGGCUGUUGGUAAUGCCUGUCCCGGAAGUCUGCCUUUGUUCUGGGGUUAGACUAUUACGUUGUUAUGGUUUCUACCCAUCCCAUCCUAAAAAGCGCAAUUUUUUUAGAGAAAAAUAAUAAUUAUUUGAGUGACUGAUCUCUUCGGUGUUCAUCAAUGAAAAGAAACUCCUUAUAGCC